GCGGAUUGCGAAUCGCUUGUUUAUGUAAAAGAAGCGUUGGAAUUCUAAUAGGUGUGGAUUAUUACUGGAAGAUGGUAAGGGGGGAAAAGAUUCAAUUAGGAAAGGAAAUUUAUGCGAUUUCUACUAUGUUUGGAUGGGUCCCAGUUGGCCUUCAAGAUAAAGAGAGCGAAAUAGUAUCUCAAAACACGGCAAUAGUAAACCUUUCUUCUUGCGUAACUGAUUCAUUGAGAUCGUUAUGGACUUUAGAUUUGAUGGGCCUUACCGAUGACUCAGCGAUUUCUAACGAGACUGGAUUUAGCGGGAAUUUGAUCAUAUUAUCAGUUUUGUAUUAUGGUGGAAUUAUGAUGAGUGAAAGUCAGCUUACUAUUGGGAGUUUAUCAUCAUUUUUACUUUAUGCUGCAUAUGCUGGGAUAUCUAUUAAUGGACUGAGUACAUUUUAUUCUGAAUUAAUGCGUGGUUUGGGAGCUUCAACCAGAUUAUGGGAACUUAUUGACAGAACACCUUUGGUUGCUAUUAAUGGUGGUAUGGUAUUGCCUCAUCUUACUGGAAGUAUUAAAUUCAAUAAGGUAAAUUUUGCAUAUCCAACACGUCUCAAUGCCCCAGUGCUUACAGAUUUCAGUCUUUCUAUACCUGCUCAUUUAGUUUAUGCAAUUGUUGGUUCUAGUGGUUGUGGAAAAUCUACUGUUGGCUCAUUGCUUCUUAGAUUCUAUGACUGCCAAAGUGGUUGCAUAACCAUAGAUGACAAUGAUAUUAAGUCUUUAGAUUUGUGUUGGUUAAGACGAUGCAUUGGAGUUGUGAGUCAAGAUCCUGCUUUGUUUUCAUUUUCAAUUCGAGAAAAUAUUUUAUAUGGAGCUUUGGAGGGAAGAAGUAUAGAUGAUAACAUGCUAGAAGAUAUUUUGCAAAAAGCCAAUGCUUUAGAUUUUGUAAAAAAGUUUCCCAAUGGCUUGGACACAAUUGUAGGUGAAAGAGGAGUUAUGCUUUCAGGUGGACAAAGACAAAGAAUAGCUAUAGCUCGAGCUCUGUUGAAGAAUCCUAAAAUACUUAUUUUGGAUGAAGCAACGAGUGCUCUAGAUGCAGAGAGUGAAUAUUUUGUGCAAGUAGCUCUGGAACAGCUCAUGAAAGAUCGCACCGUCAUAACAAUAGCGCACAGACUUUCAACAGUAAAGAAAGCAGAUGUGAUCGUUGUCCUGGGAAAUGGAAGAAUUGUCGAAGAAGGCUCAUAUGAAGAUCUGGUCUCUCGCAGAGGAUCGUUUUAUCAUCUAGUUCAACACCAGAGUUUAAAAUCAUAAUUGUAAAAUAUUUAUAAAAAUAUUUAAUGCAUUUAUAUUUGAUACAUUAGUUGUUGUACAGAGUAAUUUAUUUUCAUAGUAAUUUAUAUAUGAAUUAAGUUGUUUUUGUACUAAAAAUGUUAUUUAAUAUAUAGUUUGUUUAUACUUUCUUCUGACUGUUCAAUAAGACUGUGAUUAAUGGAGAAGUCCCAAUGCAAAAAGACUGUUAGUUAAAAAAAAAAAAAAAAAAAUGUAUCAUGAUACCUUGACUUAUGAAAAGCUAAACUUCUUAUUAUCAUUAAUUUAUUUUACACAUUCAUGCUUAUAAUUAAUUUAUUUUGAAAUUGUCUAUUAUAGAGAACUGAUCAAACGUACUGUCUAUGUAUUAAAAUUAGCCUUAAAGACAUAAUGUGCCUCAAUACACAAUUAUGCUCACUGCUCUAAAAGUACACACCAUCUGUAAAAACUGUUAUUAAGUUAUAAUUGAGUUUCUAGAUAAUGCAAUAUUUUAUGUUUUACAUGUGUUCGCUAACCAUUUUAUUAUUUGGUAUAGAAGUGAAGAACAAAUCUUCACAUACUUUAGUUCAUCUUUCUUCCACUUUAUAAAUUAUGUCAUCAAAGGAGUUUGUUAAAUUUUCCCAAACAAUUGUCAUGUAGCAAGUUAAUGCUACUUUUACUUAUUUGAAUGAAAACUACAUUCUUUUUAUGUAUUUUUCUUUUAAACAAUUAUUUUUCAAGUCUUUUCUAUUUAGUUAUCAUAGGACAAUGUGUGAUCUCAACUUACAUGAAUCCAACUUCUGCACUUUUCAUCAGUCUGUCGUAUCACAUAACUUCAGGUUAUUAGAAUAUAUAUACAAAAUAAGAAUUGAUUUUUUUUUUAAGUAUUGCCUUUAUUUCUUGAUAUGGCAAAGAAUGUUUGUCUAUGAUAAAAUUUUGUACUUGCAUAUUAGCGAAACCAAUUCAGAAGACUCCAAAUUUUCAGAAUAUGCCAAACUCUGGCAAACACAUGUAGGAUAAUUCUUUAGGUAUAGCAAACAAUAUGUUGUUCCAUUGAGCAAAAAUGUUGUUCCAUUGAUUUUUAUUUAUGAAUAUUAAUAUUUGUUCUCUUGCAUGUAUGUGAGAUUUGCCUAUGAUGCAAGAAAUUGCAGUAAUUUUUGCAAAUUUUUAAAAUUUUUCACAGAAAUACAAUCAAGAAAAAGAUAUACUUAGAAGUAUAUUUCAUGUCGGUAUACUUGAUUUCGGGUUUAAAUCACCUUAAUUAAAAUGUGUGUAAUAAUAAUAUAUAUAUUGUAAUAAUAAUAAUAUAUAUUUAUAAGUCAUUAUUCUUUUUUUCUGAAAAAUUGCUGCAUCAUGCCAAGGUAAUUGCACUAAUACUUAAAUAUCUGCAAUUUUAUUGUUCAAGGAAUAAUACAUUCUUACAUAUCCUCGAAUGGAAUCAUUUAACACAGAUUUAAUUAAGUUUAAUUAUCAGGUCACUAAUUAGUUUUACUGGCAUUCUUAUACUUUUUUACGUGAAACAUAAAUUUUGUACAUACGAUUUUGUGCCAACGAAUUCAUAAGGAAUUGAGUCUUUUCAGUCAGUCAUGUAAUUGCCUACGUUAUAUAAAAAGUAGUCCAUCUCUCUUAGCUGUUCUGACAGUUUUGUUAAAUACUGCAUUAGGGAACUCAGUCUUGUGUAUAAAAUGACUAUAUAUUUUUCAAGCAUAUUUUACAGGAUGUAAAGAGAAUUGCCUAUAUGACAGCCUUACACAUAUGAGCUUAGUGUGUUGAUUGUGUUUCUCAAAAGAAAUAAUGAAAAUGGUUAAACACCUUAAAAUAAAUGUUUUCUUGCAAUAAGAAAGUUCCAGAGUAUGUCAUGCUUUAUUUUUUAACAUGUUAAAACUACCUUAGACCAAACAAACAAGCUUGGUGUUUAACCUGUUAAAUAUUUUUAAGAGAACUUUUAAUUCAGUUUUUAAAUAUUCAGUUGCAUGUAUAGGAUAAGUUUAGUUUUAAGAAGUUGGUUUAGAGGAAAAAAUUUCUAAAAAUGGUCAGAAUGGACUUUAAUGAAUUGACACAAAGCAAGGAGGUAGCAUAUUUUAUUUAAAAUUCUAGACAAUUUGCAAAUAAUUUACUAGAUGGUGUUUGUUCAUUGGUUCUUGUAAAAAGAGGGGGGGCAAAAGGAUUUAAAAAAAAAAAAAAGGUGAUGUUUGGAGUCUGUGAAAGUUCUUGCCUGGCUGUCAGAUGUUAAAAUUAGAGGAUUUCUUAGUGCAGGAUGAAGUUCCUGUGUAAGGCAAACAGCCAAAGUGCCUCUUCUGGCUGCAGCUGACCAUUCUGAGGAAGUUGCUUCCAAAAAAGUUAGUGGAAAAUUCUUACUGGUUAUUGGAUCUUUCUGCAGAGAGAAUUAAGAAUAUUCUUGACAGAGUGAACAGCAAAAAGAAUUUACUCUUGGCAGAGUUAAAAAAACACAGGAGAGAAGACUUUGGUCUUUUUCACUUAACUUCUCUCUAUGCUACCUAUUUUUAUUAGAGAUUUUCUGGGCAUGUCGGAAAUAUUUUCUGAAUUCUCAUUUGCCCAAAAUUUUCAGAAUGCCUCUCGAUUAUUGAAAACACCUUGUUUGCUUGUGAGUACGAUAUUGACAGGUCGGGGAAAAUUUCUGCAAGAGAUUUCUCGGGGAUCACUGCAUCUAGGUAUUCAGUGAUAGGUAGUUGAUACGCAACAAUGCACUAUAAACAUAUGCGUAGAAAUUUUGAAUGAAGGAUUCUUUCAUUCCAGGUUUUCUCAGAAUUGAAACAAUGUUUUACGUUCAGAUCACUAUGCAAUGAAGUACAGUGUCACGCAUGCUACGUUAUGAUAGAUCAUGUUUAGCUUUCCUGAAAAUUGCUAAGUGAUCAUUAGAAAAUAACUUUACCCAGAAUGUUGGAGUGGCCGUUAAAAAAUGAGAAGUACGAUUAUUAUCUUCAGCUGUUUUCUAUCAAAAUAUUCUUUAUUUUGGUAUGGAUAAACCAUUUUUAAAAAUUUUACAUGUAAAUAAUAUAUAGAACAUUAUUCACAUACUGAGUUUCUGUUAAAUUACUUUUUUCAGGUCUUUCCUGCAUUUUUAAGAAAAUUAACAAAUUGGUGAAUAAAUGAUUUGUAAGUGAAUGUAAGGGCAUUAUUGAAAAAUUUCCUUUUUAAUCGCAAAGUAUACUGUUAGAGGAUCCUCCCCCCCCCAAAAAAAAAGUUUUAAGGACUGUUUUCGAGAGAACAAUCAUAUUUGGUCAUAUUUUACGAGUAUUUAUUUGCUGUUAAUUGUUACAAUGAACAGAUUAAUUAAGAUUACAGUUAAGCUAAUAUGAUUAAGAUUACAGUUAAGUUAAUAUGAAUAAAACAGAUAGGUUAAGUCGCAUAUAAAAAUGCAGUCAUUUAUUGUUCAUUUUUCAGUCUCAUAAACACAUAAUUUAGAUUAUAUUUUAUGUAUUGAUAAUGAUAUACAAAUUAAGAAUAUUAUAUAUCAUAAUAAACUAAAUGUGAUGAUAGCUACUGUAUAGCAGGUCGUUAUACAUUGAAAAAUAACAGUAAGAAUAAUCAUGCAAUCUGACAAUUUCAAAUUGCAGUCUAAGACCUCAAGGAAAUUUGUUAUUAAAAAUUGAUCUAAAAACAUUGAUGUAAAUAUUUUGCUUUUUUAAUAAAAAUAUCUGCUGCAGUCAACUCGUGAAACUAAAUCUGUACUACUGAAUGAAAAUAAAACUAGACAAAUAAUAAUAA